GACAGAGCAAAAGAUGCCACAUGUGGCAUACACAGAUGUGUCUUGCUUCUCAGUUCAGUCAAAUCUGAUGCGUGCAGCUGUGAACGUGCAGCCAACGGAGUCCGGGAAUCAUUCGUGUGUCUGUGCUUGAAUCACUCGCGAAUCGUUUGAUCACCUCUCUUCAUUCAUUCUUUGUUUUUUUUUUGUGUUCUGUGUUGUGUCCUUUGUUCAAGAAAAGAAGAACAUGCAUGUGGAUGAGCUGAGAACGAGUCUGCAAAGCUUCGGCUGGCCCGACUAUGUCGUCUUCUGCCUCAUGCUCGCAAUUUGUGCCAUCAUCGGCAUCCACUUUUGCCUUCAACUGCGACGCGAGUCGAAGCAACUGAAGCAUGGCGAUCCCGAGGAGGCGGCCAAGAGUGCUGCCUCAUAUCUGGUGGGCGGCAGGAAAAUGAAGAUCUUUCCCAUUACCAUGUCACUUAUAGCGAGCUUCAUCUCGGGCAUCACACUUUUGGGCACACCAACGGAAGUCUAUCUAUAUGGUGCUCAGUAUAUGUACAUCAUGGGAUCCCUUAUCCUGAUGGGACUCUGCAUGUUCUAUAUUUUUCUACCCGUUUUCCAUGACCUCAAUCUGAUAUCCACCUACAAGUAUUUGGAGCAACGCUACAACCGCAGUCUGCGUCUCUUUGGCUCCGUGAUGUUCAUUAUGGCAUCGCUUUUGUGGCUGCCCAUUGUGAUCUACGUGCCGGCGAUAGCAUUCAACCAGGCAACGGGCGUGAACAUACACAUUGUGACGCCGUGCGUGUGCGUGGUGUGCAUCUUCUACACCUGCAUCGGUGGACUGAAGGCUGUGGUCUGGACCGAUGUCAUCCAGACACUGAUCAUGUUCGGGGCGAUGGCGCUGGUGCUGAUCAAGGGAACGCUCGACAUUGGGGGUCCGAGUGUGGUGUGGGAACGGGCCAAGCAAACGCAACGCAUCGAGACGCCCAACUUCAAUCCGGAUCUCACCGAGCGUUACACCUUCUAUUCGCUGGUGCUCGGAGGCGUGGCGCAUUGGCUCAAAUCGAAUGCGAUCAGCCAGAACAUGAUUCAGCGCUAUCUAUCGCUGCCAACGCUGCGACACGCUCGCAUUGCCAUCUGGACAUUCAUAGCCGGCGUGCUGACCUUUCUCGCCAUCUGCGGCUAUGCCGGGCUGCUGAUCUAUGCCACCUACGCCGACUGCGAUCCGCUGGAGACGAAGCUGGCGCAGCGCAACGAUCAACUGUUGCCGCUGCUCGUCAUGGAGACGCUAGGCGCGUAUCCGGGAUUGCCGGGUGUCUUUGUGGCUGGUGUUUUCAGUGCAGCACUCUCCUCGCUCUCCACGGGUCUCAACUCCCUGUCCGCUGUGGUGCUCGAGGAUUUCGUGAAGACCUUCCGCCGCAAGCCACUCAGCGAGGCCCAAACGGCGUUUGUGAUGCGCAGCGUUGUCGUGCUCUUCGGCAUCAUCUUUGUGGCGCUCGUGUUCGUCGUGGAGAAGCUGGGCGCUGUCCUGCAGCUGACCAUCACGCUCACCUCGGUGGCCAACGGACCGCUGUUGGGCAUCUUCACCGCCGGCGUCAUGCUGCCCUGGGUGAACUCCAAGGGCGCUCUGCUCGGCGGCUUCACCUCUCUGCUGGUCAUGACCUGGAUGUGCAUUAGUGCUCAGCAUGAUCUCGUCACUGGCGAUAUCGUGUAUCAGCGUAAGCCGUACUCGACUCUGGGCUGCAAUUACACCUUCGCUGGCGUGCCCGGCGAGUUCAGCAGCCUGCCGUUAGAUGGCGCCAGCACCACUCCCGCCUCGGCAUCAUCUUUUCAACUGUAUCGCAUCUCGUAUCUGUACUUUACACUGUUCGGCGCCCUGGUGACGAUUGUUGUGGCCCUGGUCGUCAGUCUGCUGCUGCGUGAGUCCGAUGUGGAUGCGGUCGACCCACGGCUGCUGACGCCCUUUGUGCGACGCUGGCUCGAACGACGUCGCAAUCGUCGCAGCCAACUGCCGGCGGGGAAGCAUCAGCAACAGCAUCAGCAGCAGAAGGGUAAGGGCAAAGGCAAGGGGAAGGAGAAACUGAGGGCGCUCCACGAGACGACAACGUGAAUCAGAGGAGAGCAGUAGAGUAGCAGAGGGGCAGCAACAGCAUCUUCUGUGUGUCGGGCCAAAAAUGUUCCUUCGGUAGCUUAGCAAAUAUAUGUUUUAAAUUAAAUAAAAUACAAUUCCAAAAAUUAU